UGGGCGAGGAAGAAAAGGGUAAGAAUAAGGAUGAUAAGGAAGACCCUCACAAGGUUCAGAGUAGACCCUCUUCUUCAAGUGACCUUAAAACACUCAUUCAUGACACCUCCUGCAUGCCCACCCACCUUUUGUGCCCUCUGGGGAGCUGUUUUACUUCUGGCCUUGACUGCAGAGGGAAAGAGGAGCCUGUGCCAACAGCACUGGCUCAGGUUGACCGUGAAAAGAUUUACCAAUGGAUCAAUGAGCUGUCCAGCCCUGAGACACGGGAGAACGCGCUGCUGGAGCUGAGCAAGAAGCGCGAGUCUGUGCCUGACCUUGCCCCGAUGCUGUGGCACUCGUUUGGCACCAUCGCAGCACUCCUUCAGGAAAUUGUAAAUAUUUACCCAUCCAUCAACCCUCCAACUUUGACAGCCCAUCAGUCCAACAGAGUCUGCAAUGCUUUAGCUCUGCUACAGUGUGUUGCUUCACACCCUGAAACCAGGUCAGCUUUUCUGGCAGCUCAUAUCCCUCUCUUCCUGUACCCCUUCCUGCACACGGUCAGCAAGACACGUCCAUUUGAGUACCUGCGGCUCACAAGCCUUGGAGUGAUUGGUGCCUUGGUGAAAACUGACGAGCAAGAAGUGAUAAAUUUCUUAUUGACAACAGAAAUUAUCCCCCUGUGCUUACGCAUUAUGGAGUCUGGCAGUGAACUCUCCAAAACGGUUGCUACAUUUAUUCUUCAGAAAAUCCUCCUGGAUGACACAGGGCUGGCAUACAUCUGUCAGACUUAUGAGCGGUUUUCCCAUGUUGCCAUGAUACUGGGUAAAAUGGUCCUGCAGCUCUCCAAGGAGCCAUCGGCACGGCUGCUGAAACAUGUCGUCCGCUGCUACCUUCGCCUUUCCGAUAACCCCAGAUGUAGGGCACGUGAAGCUCUCAGGCAGUGCCUUCCUGACCAGCUGAAGGACACCACCUUCGCCCAGGUCCUGAAGGAUGACACCACCACAAAGCGCUGGCUGGCUCAGCUCGUCAAGAACCUGCAAGAGGGUCAAGUCACUGACCCACGGGGCAUCCCUCUUCCUCCGCAAUGACUGCUGGGGGAGGUGGGGAACUGGGGAAGAAACAGCUCAGGUUUACAAAGAACCAGGAACAGGUGACCUCUUCCGCAACAAACUGGGCACGCCAGCUGGCUGCCAGCCUGUCGGACCAUCCCACCCAGCCAAAGGGCUGCUCUGUAGCAGCAACGCCUCCAGGGAUCCCAACACCAGCAAAUGCUGAUACUACAGCUUAAAAAAAAAAAAGGUCAAUAAAAACCAUCUGUAGAGAUCCCAGUCCCUCCAGGAGGCGUGGGUGGCAUCCCUGCCCCCACCUCCAGGCAGGGGGUAGUGCAGAUGUCCACUCUUCCAGCAAGCUCAGCCUCCGCCCAAGUGGUGCACAACUCUGGGUGUGUGCACCACAUCCCUCCAAUUCCUUGUCACUUCUUGUUUACACGUCUUGUUUAGAUGAGUGAACUGAAUAAAAGCCGAUCCAGUUAUUUUAUCCCCUCUUAAUACUACUACUCAGCUGCAGGUAGCUCAGGCACAGCUUUUUUCCCUGCCAGCACGUCCUUGCUCCUGGCUCUGCAUCCAGCUGGCACAGUAAGCUUCUUUCUUCCUUUCCUUUGGCGCAGAGGCAGUGGCUGGAGCCGGGCCCCUGCGUGCUUGCCCCAAGAGGAGGGGUGGAUUACAUGCAAUGAAUCCAUGCAUCAUAAGCUUGCUUCCCAGGGCUCUGGGGAAGGAGAAGACAGCAGGACUGGCUCUUGUGCUGUAAAUAGUGCACUUCUGCAGCUGACCAGCAGCCUGGGGCUGAUGUGUGCUGGCCUCUCAUCUAGUCCUGGGAGGGCUGCUGGCUGGCUCAGCAAAUGGAGCUCAGCGUGACACCUGCCUUGAGGUGGUGGGCAGGCCACCAACUGAUGAUCCCCUGCUGCCUGCAGGCUCCAGGUAUGCCACAUCCCGCACCGCUGCUGCCCGCCAGGCGCCCCUCAGUCCUGCCCCUCCUCCCUUCCCUCCCCUUCUGCUCCUCUCUGCCAGUCGGGUGCAUCCAUUUCAGCUUUCAAACCCGCCUUGGCGUCUGCCUUGGCCCCACUGCAAUUAAACUGGACCAGCAGCCGCUUACCUGCCUUUCCUGUGCCGAGGGGUUAAUGCGGCCGCAGAGGGCUCUCAGAAGCAGCCGUGGAGCUCCUAGGCUCUGCUGCAGCAGAGUCUGCUCUGCCUGCUCUUGGCUGCAGGCAAGCCUGGGCAGCUACUUAAUUUCUCCCCCGUCCUCGAGUAGCCCAUUUUGCUGAUCAUCUGCAGUGUCGUGCCAACAGUGUCUUAAAUCCCAUCGUUUCCCUUCUCUCCUCCCCUCACAGCCUUGCAUAACAAGGGCAGAGCACGGCCUCUUCCUUGCCCUCGGGUUCCUGUUUUAUAACCAUUGCCUUCUUUUCCCUCCUUUUCACCCUGACCUUGACAGAGUGUUAAAAUGCUUCUGUUUGGUUGAUUGUUUUUUGUUUGGUUUUUUUUAAGUUCAGAUUAAUAAAUAAUAAAACCCCAGCCAGCACA